AUGGUAUUGUUGGUGACACUUUUGAUGAUAGAGAAGCUAAAGUCAGAUGAUAUUCUUAUACAAAAUGCAGCUAAUCCUAUUGAAUCUAUAGUGAGAAGUACAUAUACAAAUGUUUUGAAUACAGAGUCUAAUCCAGAAAAAUUUAAGGACAAAGCUAUCUUGGCACCCACGAAUGAAAUGGUGGAUACAAUCAAUGAUUACGUCAUGUCUUUAAUGCCCGACGAAGAAAAAAUAUACCUUAGUUCAGAUAACAUUUGCAAAGCGGAUGGAGAAGUGGAUGUAGAUGAUGAAGUAUUUUCUGUUGAAUAUCUCAAUACAAUCAAGUGUUCAGGAUUCGCAAACCACAAAAUAAAAUUGAAGAAGAGGUGCAUCAUCAUACUGCUUAGAAAUAUCGAUCCAUCCAAUGAGUUGUGCAAUGGAACGAGGAUGAUAGUUACUAAAAUAGGAGAACGUGUGAUCGAAGCAAAACUGAUUUCAGGAAAUAAUGCGGGUAAUAAGUUUCCAAUUGCUAGAAUCGGAUUUCACUAA